AGAAUUCGAAUAUUCAACCUCCUUCUUUCCAUGACCGUCGUCUCCGAGUCACCUUCCGGCAUGCACCACUCCUGCGCUGUCUCCAACAAGUCCUCACCGUUUUAUUGUCAAAGCGAAAUGCCGUCUUCAUAUUUAGACCUGUUCUAUCCCCGAGGCUUUCAUCUCGACGAUCAUAUCUUUGGUUACUCACCUUCGUCGACCUCCUUGAACGGGAUUUCGUUCAAGCAAACAUCACGGAUAAAUGUCUUAAGGCUGACAGUCGACUUUUACGACGACGGGGAUUGCGGAGACGUCCGAUUAACAGCAUCGCGACGACUCAUACAGCACUCUCUUCUAAUCGACGGUCCCGUUGACUACUCCGGUGCACCUUUCAUCCCCAAUCCUUUCUCGGUUCCACGCUCAGGCUUGCGUCGGAAAUUAACCACUCCAAAGUAUAGUUCCAAGAAUGUGCGCGGUGCGCAGGUUGAAAUCUCGAACCUGUCCAAUUGAAGACGAAUGGCCAAGGCGUUGCUCCAGAAGCACGUCUCGCUUCGUAACUUACUCCUCCCGGCCCGUCUCCCUCCCCAAGUUUCUGAUGCAUUCGGGAGAUUUCAAAAUAUGGCUACCUUCCGCCUAAUCACAUCCUGUCUAUACGCUCGCGAAUGUGUUACUG